AGUCGGGCCGUUCGGCCCAAAAUGUAGACGAGUCUAAAACGGUGCGUCGUCAGCUGCUACUUCCUCCUAGCGCUGCGGAGUUUAGACAAUUCAGAGUGGUUGGAGGGCAAGGAGAGGGGCGAUCGAUUGACCAUCGACCGAGCGAGAACCGGAAGCAGCGAGGAUCAUAGAAGAUGAUGACGACGACGAGGAGGAUUGGUGGAGUGGUUGGGACGGUAUUCAUUGCGUUCUUGUUCUGCAGCUCUGCGGAGGCGUGGACGGGCGAAAUCCGUGGGAAGGUGGUCUGCGAUGUGUGCGGAGAUUCUUCCAUCGGACCCGAGGAUCAUGUAUUGAAAGGUGCCGAAGUGGCUGUUCUUUGCAUAACAAAGUCAGGUGAGGUUUUCAACUAUCAGGCCUUUACCAACGCCAAAGGCAUUUAUAAAAUUGCUGAGACGAUGCCCGAGAGUGAUCGCUGGGUCUCUUGUCUGGCAAGGCCUAUAAAAAGCUUCAGUGAAGAUUGCACUCGAAGGGGAGAUGCACACUCCGGAAUCAAGUUUUCCUAUAAAUUGCCAUCAGGGAAUUCUCACAAUGUAAAACCGUUUCUGUAUAAGCCUGCUACAGCUCCAAUGUAUUGCUCUGAAUAAUAUUUUCUUGUAUGAGAUUAAGGAUGUGCUACUUAUUCCCGUGCGAGACAAUAAAACAAGAUGUAUGUGAAUUAUAAUUAUCCUUGUAAGAAUUAAGAAAUGAAUGUUCUUAUUUAUAAGCCUGUAACUUCACAAUUUUUAUGGAACUUCACCAUCUGGUUAAACUUUGAUA